GCCAUGCAGGAGCUCAUCGCCAGCGUGGACCACAUCAAGUUCGAGCUGGAGAUCGCGGUGGAGCAACAGCUCGGGGCGCAGCCGCUCCCCUUCCCGGGCAUGGACAAAUCGGGAGCUGCUGUCUGUGAAUUUUUUUUGAAGUCUGCCUGUGGGAAAGGAGGAAUGUGUCCGUUCCGGCACAUAAGUGGUGAAAAGACUGUGGUUUGCAAGCACUGGCUACGGGGGCUGUGCAAGAAGGGAGACCAGUGCGAAUUCUUGCAUGAGUACGACAUGACCAAGAUGCCAGAGUGCUACUUCUACUCAAAAUUUGGGGAAUGCAGCAACAAAGAAUGCCCGUUCUUGCAUAUUGACCCCGAGUCCAAGAUCAAGGACUGCCCUUGGUAUGACCGAGGCUUUUGUAAGCAUGGCCCCCUCUGCCGGCACAGACACACCCGGCGUGUUAUUUGUGUGAAUUAUCUGGUGGGGUUCUGUCCGGAGGGGCCAGCUUGCAAAUUCAUGCACCCUCGAUUUGAGCUCCCCAUGGGAACCACAGAACAGCCGCCCCUGCCUCAGCCGCCGCAACCGCAGCAAAAGCAAAAUAACAACCCGCCAUUGCAGAGGUCGUCCUCCCUGAUCCAGUUGACGAGUCAGAACUCUUCUCCCAACCAACAGAGGACCCCACAGGUCAUCGGCGUCAUGCAGUCCCAAAACAACAGUGUCGGCAACAGGGGCCCCCGGCCACUGGAGCAGGUCACUUGCUACAAGUGUGGUGAAAAAGGACAUUAUGCCAAUCGGUGCACAAAGGGACACUUGGCUUUUCUCAGUGGACAGUGAGCCAGCAACC